AUGUCUGAGCAGCUGAGAUACGACGGCCAGGUGGUGGUCAUCACCGGAGCUGGCGGCGGCCUGGGCAAGGCCUAUGCCACCUUUUUCGGCUCACGGGGAGCCAGCGUCGUGGUCAACGACCUGGGCGGCUCAUUCAAGGGCGAGGGAAACUCUACAAAGGCCGCUGAUGUCGUCGUCGACGAGAUCAAAAAGGCCGGCGGCAAGGCCGUCGCCAACUACGACAGCGUCGAGAACGGCGAGCGCAUCAUCGAGACCGCCAUCCAGGCCUUUGGCCGCAUCGACAUCCUCAUCAACAACGCCGGCAUCCUGCGCGACAUUGCCUUCAAGAACCUCAAGGACGAGGACUGGGACCUCAUCAUCAAGGUGCACGUCACCGGCGCCUACAAGUGCACGCGCGCCGCCUGGCCUCACUUCCGCAAGCAAAAGUACGGCCGGGUCAUCAACACGGCGUCGGCCGCCGGCCUGUUUGGCAGCUUUGGCCAGACAAACUACUCUGCCGCCAAGCUGGCCAUGGUGGGCUUCACCGAGACGCUGGCCAAGGAGGGCGCCAAGUACAACAUCCUGGCCAACGUCAUUGCUCCCAUUGCUGCGAGCCGAAUGACCGAGACCGUCAUGCCCCCCGAUGUCCUCAAGGCCCUCCGCCCCGAGUGGAUUGUGCCGCUCGUCGCGGUCCUGGUGCACUCCAACAACACCGAAAACGGCAGCAUCUUCGAGGCCGGUGCUGGCCACGUCGCCAAGCUCCGAUGGGAGCGGUCCAGCGGCCUCCUGCUCAAGGCCGACGACUCCUACACGCCCGGCGCCAUCCUGAAGCAGUGGAACAAGGUCGUUGACUUCUCCAACCCCCAGUACCCCUCCGGCCCCAACGACUUCCUGGGCCUCCUGGAGGAAUCCAUGAAGAUGGGCCCCAGCGAGCAGGGCGAGAAGCUCGACUUCACCGGCCGCGUUGCCCUCAUCACUGGUGCUGGUGCCGGCAUUGGCCGUGCCUACGCUCUGGCCUUUGCCAAGUACGGCGCCUCCAUUGUCGUCAACGACCUCGUCAACCCCGACUCUACCGUUGAGGAGAUUAAGAAGCUCGGCGGCAAGGCCGUCGGCGUCAAGGCUUCCGCCGAGGAUGGCGAGGCCGUCGUCAAGGGCGCCAUCGACGCCUUUGGCCGCGUCGACAUUGUUGUCAACAACGCCGGCAUUCUCCGUGACAAGGCCUUUACCAACAUGGACGACAACCUGUGGAACCCCGUCAUGAACGUGCACCUCCGCGGCACAUACAAGGUUACCAAGGCUGCCUGGCCCUAUUUCCUCAAGCAAAAGUACGGCCGUGUCAUCAACACCACCUCCACCUCUGGUAUCUAUGGCAACUUUGGCCAGGCCAACUAUGCCGCUGCUAAAUGCGGUAUUCUGGGCUUCUCCCGUGCCCUCGCUCUUGAGGGUUUCAAGUACGGCAUCUACGUCAACACCAUUGCGCCCAACGCCGGCACCGCCAUGACCGCCACCAUCAUGCCCAAGGAGAUGGUUGAUGCCUUCAAGCCCGACUACAUUGCUCCUCUUGUCCUCGCCCUCAGCAGCGACAAGUGCCCCAACCCCACCGGCGGCCUGUACGAGGUCGGCAGCGGCUGGGUCGGCAAGACCCGAUGGCAGCGAACCGGCGGCCACGGCUUCCCCAUCAACGUUCCUCUGGUUCCUGAGGAGGUUGCCAAGCACUGGGAGAAGAUUAUCAACUUUGACGAUGGCCGCGCAGACCACCCUGAGAAGGCUCAGGACGGCCUGGAGAAGAUCAUGGCCAACAUGGAGAACAAGAAGCCUGCCGCCAGCAAUGAACAUCUGACUGCCAUUGCCGAGGCUCUCGGAAAGGAGGGCAGCCCUACCGAGUACAGCUUCACGGAUCGUGAUGUUAUUCUGUAUAACCUUGGUGUUGGCGCCAAGCGAAAGGAGCUGAAAUACGUCUUCGAGGGCGCAGAAGACUUCCAGACCCUCCCCACCUUUGGCGUCAUCCCCCCCUUCAGCGCCGAAAUGCCCUUUGACUACGACGCCAUCGUCCCCAACUUCUCGCCCAUGAUGCUCCUCCACGGCGAGCAGUACCUCGAGAUCCGCAAGUUCCCCCUGCCCACCUCGGGACGCCUCCUCUCGCGCGGCAAGCUCCUCGAGGUCGUCGACAAGGGCAGCGCGUCCAUUGUCAAGACGGGCAUCACCACCGUCAAUGCCGAGACCGGCGAGGACGUCUUUUACAAUGAAAUGACCGUCUUCCUCCGUGGUGCGGGCGGCUUCGAUGGGCAGAAGAAGGGCCAGGAUCGCGGUGCUGCGACGGCGGUCAACGAGCCGCCCAAGAGAAGCCCCGACGAGGUUGUCGAGUCUCCCACGGGCGAGGACCAGGCGGCCAUCUACCGCCUCAGCGGGGAUUAUAACCCUCUGCAUAUCGAUCCUGGGUUUGCCAAGAUGGGAGGCUUCAAGGCGCCCAUCCUGCACGGCCUGUGCACCUUUGGCGUCGCGGGUAAGGCUGUUUACGACCGUUUUGGCGCAUUCCGCAAUGUCAAGGUGAGGUUUGCGGGGCCGGUGAUUCCCGGACAGACGAUUGUGACGGAGAUGUGGAAGGAAGGGAACAAGAUUGUGUUCCAGUGCAAGGUGAAGGAGACGGGCAAGGUGUGUAUUGCGGGAGCGGCUGCUGAGUUGGCAUAA